AUGUUGGUUUUCGAUGAUGCAAGGUUAAAAGACUCGAUUAUUUUUGUUAUAUUUUUAAGUGGAUUUCAUAUAUCGAUAUCAUAUCUAUUACCAUUUAAGGUUCAAAUAUUUGCAUCAGUUAUAUUUAUAAUUGGCAUAUAUUUAGUGCUAUUCAAGCCAGAUGGUGAGAAAAAGAAGGUGUAUCCAUUAAAAUUAAAGUUAAGAUUGCAUGAUGUUUUGAUAAAAGAAUAUGGCUCAAAAUUAAAGGGUCAACAACUGGAGCCGAGAGAAAGAUUUAUACAGGAAGGUAUUCCCUUCGAUAUAUCAGAUGAACUGCAUAAUAUUAUUAAUUUAAUUAUUGAAUCAUUUGUUUUAACAUGGUUCCAAAGACUAAAUGAGGACGUUGAACAUACAUUUGUGCUUGCUGUUAAAGAUUUACUUAUAAAUAUUAUCAUUAAACUGCAACGAGGCUUAGUGAACACUGAUGUAACUGAAGUCCUAUUGUUAAAGGUAAUUCCUUUAGUAACCGAUUACUUAAAUAAUUAUAGUGACGCUACACAAUCUGUUUUACUCACAUCAAAAAGAGCAGAUAUUUCCUUGAAUGUAGCGGUUGAAUUUAAUAAAAGAAACAAGGUUCACCAUGCAUUGUCAUUGAGAGCUACCAAACAUGAUCAAGAGAUUGAAAGCUACAUAAAGAAAAGACUUGAGGUUAUUUUACCGCAACUACUAGAUGAAAAAGAGAUGAACUCGCCAUUUGUGCCAGUCUUAUUAAGAGAUUUAAUAACUGCUUCUAUAUGUGUGCCAAUAAUAGCCAAGUUUUCAAGUGCAGAUCAAUGGAAUCUGAGAAUUAUUGAUAUCUCACAACGUAUUUUGGAAGAAAGAUAUAAGAUAUAUGCUGUGAGAGAAAUAUUACUGAAAGAGAUUACAGAACAAGAUAAACUUAAACUAGGGUUUGAUGCAGAUACAGCUAUUCAAGAUGUACCAAAUUUCAAUUUCUUAAAUGAUCCAUCAUCCAACGUCUUUGAAUUUUAUUUAAAAUCAUUAAGUUUAUUGGAUAAUGUAAUCACGAUACGAUUCAAACUAUUUCAAUUAAUAAAAUUAAUAUCUAAAUUUGAAUAUGAACCUGAAUUAAAAAGAUCUAAAGCUGUUGCAUAUUCAAGGAUAGUUUUGUCACUAAAUUUGAUAGAAAAUAAGUUGAACUACCUUCAACAAAAUGAAUUGGCAGACAUUAGUUAUAGUAAGUUAACUAGAUAUAUUAGUAAAAAUCUUUCGAAAUCUGUCUCGAUGUUCAAUCGCUACUGUCAUGCCAUUAGAAUUGAAGAUGUUGUAAAUGAUAAAUCAAAUUUCAAUAUAUUUAAGGAAUUUUUACGUGAUAAUUAUAAUGAAUCUGGUUAUGUCUUAGUGGAAUAUUGUGAAAUCAUCGAUAAAAUUAAAAAUCCCUUAGAACAUUUCAACUCAAAUGAGUUUUCUGUCGUUUUUACUAAACUAAACAUAGCAGAAUUACUACAAAUAAUUGCCACAUUUUUUAAAGGUAAAAGAUUAGAAAUGAUGAGGACUCUAGAUGCUGGCUUGGUGGAGAACAUCAUCUUAUUUUCUACAUGUGGUGAGGUUACACAAGAAUCUUGCAUAUUGUGUAGGAAAAGCUUGUUGAUUCUACAAGAUGAAGCAGAAAAAGUUCUUGCUCAGAAAUAUUUUGAAAUUUUUAAAAAUACAGAUAUGUUUUUAAUAAUGAUAUCGCUCCCUAGUUUUACGUAUACUAGUGUUUAUUAUAACCAUUUUGAAGAAACAACACCUGAAAAGGAACAUCUUACAAGAAAAAACGAUAGAACCGUACUCUAUAAUUCAAAGAUCAAUCAAAAGUUGGAGCGAGUGAUAAAUGAUGACAGCAAUAAUGAACUGCACAGGAAGUCAUAUGAUCCAUCUAAUAUUAUGGCCACAAGUCGUGAAGAGAAUGAUGUUGAGUUAUAUAAAGAUUUCUUGCAACAGGAUGAACCUCACAAAAUAAAUAAGCGACUCAUUUCUGAACGUAUUUUAUCUACAGUUCAAAAUAUCUCUUUUGGUAUUGAUAAUAAUAGACUAGGUAAUUCAGUCAAAGAAAUAAAGAAUAAAUUAGCUGCAUUAACAAUAUCGAUCGAUGGUAUUGAGAAGGAGAUACAUUUGCUGGACCAUUUGAUAUUAAAAGCAAAUCUGACAGAUAAUAGAAAACAAUUAAAAUUAUUACAAAGAUCAAGAUCUAGCCUUAUCAAAGAAUUACAUGAGGCAGAAACCUCAAAGCAACAAUACUUACUAGAAGAAAAUUUUCAUAGAUUGUAUUUAAGGACAAACAUUGCAAUCAACUCAUAUUAUAUUGAUGAUCUGACCGAAAAAAAUAAAGCUGUUACUUAUUAUUUAAUCCACGUUAAGUACAAUAUGAAUGAAAGUAUAAGAACCUGGGAAAUACCUAGACGUUUUAAUGAAUUUGUUAUGCUUAAUUCAUACUUGAAAAACCAACAUCAAACUUCAAUGAGAAAUAUUGUUAAAAGUGGCAUAUUCCCAUCAAAAAUAACAUUAUCGCUGAAAUAUCAGGUAUCGAAGACAUUAUUGAUUGAGGAAAGAAUAGUGAGAUUGGAAAAUUAUUUAUCUCAACUAUUAAGUAUACCAGAAAUUUGUGAUGAUGAUAUAUUUAGAACUUUUUUAACAACGGCAACACCUUUUUCACUGGAUGAAGUAAGUUAUGUAUCUACUAUUACCUCAGUAGAUGAUAUCAGUAAAACUGACAAUCCUCAUGGCACUAAUUCGAUAGAUGGUAAUAAGAUACACUUAGCAUAUUCCAGUGAAAAUGAACUGGAUCCGGAUACUUUAUUAAAUGAUUCCUAUGAAGAAGCUGGGGAUAAUAUGUUGGCAAACAAUGGCAGCAGUAGAGGAAGUAAGGGAAGUUAUCAAAAACUUAAGCAAGACAUCAAUAGUAUGAACGCUGCAGAUUUUCAGAAAUCGGACUUACAAGGAUCUAAAAAGUCUUUUAUAAAACCAAUAUGUGAUUUAUUUAUAGCAAUUUAUAAAUACGAUAGCAAAGGCACGACGUGGAUUAGAGGCCGAGCAAUUCUUACUAUUUUGAAGCAAUUGCUUGGAAGUACUAUUGAUAAAUAUCUGAAAGUUCAUAUAAAGAAAUUGGAAUCUGAACAAACUAUUUAUCAUGUAUUACAUAUGUUUAAGGAAAGUAUUUGGGGAGAAGAAGGAGUGUUGAAAAGAAAACAGACAGCUGAUUAUGGUAUAGCUCGAGAUAGUAUUGAGAGGGAAAGGGCAAAGAAUGAUUCCCUAAUUCAACUUCAGAAAUUAAUGAUUGAGCUAAGUGGUAAAGUUGUGGGAUUGAAUAAUUCCAAAAUAGCGGCAAUACGGAUUCAUGGAAUGUUACAAAAUCGUUAUUUGAAUACCAGUCUAUUAUUGGAAAUUUUUGAUUUUUUUAUUGAUGAGACAAUAUUAAAGAAUAAAGGAACAUAA